AGUCCUUUCUAAAAAAAGAAGAAAUAUUGACGGUGUUAUCGUUCGCAAACAUUAUGCUUGAAAUCCGUUGUUCACAUUUCAAUCAACUUCUUACCGUUUGAAACAUAUUUCGAUAACGAUUGUCAGUAUCUAAGGUAAAUGUGACACAGUGAUAAUGAACAUAAAAAGUGUAAGAGAGAGGGAAAGAAAGAGAGAGUAAGGAAUCUUUAUACGUAGGUGAUGCAAAUUUCCGCGCUACUACAAGAAUAAACGUCAGUUGAUUGCGAAUUCAAUCAAACGGGAGCAAAGUGUACUGUCGUGUACAUACCUACCGUGUAACAGCCUACGCAGCCGGGGUAAAGCGUGGAAAUUAUGAUCGCCGCUAGGCAGCGCCAUUUUCGCUAUUGCAGACGGAACUGCAGUCGCGCACGUGUAUCCGCUGAGUGAACGACGCCACGCGGUCAAAGCCGGUGUUGCUCCAGUUGCGCGUUUCUUAUUCCCUCUUCUUCGUUUUCACACGUGCAUUGAGCCGUGCCGUGGCUCGACAUGCUCCUACUGCUCAGUGCUUUUUCGGCUGUUAACGAGGAAGUAUCUCACCGUUAGUAAGUGCUCAUUCGAUACGCUGCCCGGGGAACAAUGCCCGACAAAGUUGCGCCGUCCGAGAGGCAGGUUCUAAGAACCGCCAACUCCGACGACGACACGGAAGCUGUGAAAUUGAAAAAAGAACUGGGACUGUUGGACGGUGUUGCGAUCAUCGUCGGUAUUAUCGUCGGUGCCGGGAUUUUUGUCUCGCCAAAAGGCGUUUUAAGAAACAGCGGCAGCGUUGGACAGGCUUUGAUCGUUUGGAUCUUUUCUGGUGUCUUAUCUCUGAUCGGCGCGCUUUGCUAUGCGGAACUAGGUACUAUGAUCCCCAAGUCUGGGGGAGAUUAUGCAUACAUUAGCGAUGCUUUUGGACCCCUACCAGCGUUCCUGUACCUUUGGGUCGCAUUGUUCAUCCUAGUCCCGACAGGAAAUGCGAUUACAGCUCUAACGUUCGCACAGUACAUUCUGCAACCAGUUUGGCCGGAUUGCGUGCCACCUUAUGCCGCAGUUAGACUACUUGCAGCUGUUAUUACAUGUUUGCUGACUGCUAUCAAUUGCUACAAUGUAAAAUGGGCGACUAGGGUGCAGGACAUCUUCACUGGAACAAAAAUUUUUGCAUUAUUGAUCAUCAUGGCCGCUGGUCUCUGGUGGCUCUGCAUGGGCCACACGGAGAAUUUCCGGCAUCCCAUGGACGGGACCAAUACACAGCCCGGUUACAUUGCCUUGGCUGUUUACUCAGGGCUAUUUUCUUAUUCCGGAUGGAACUACCUGAACUUCGUCACCGAAGAACUGAAAGAUCCAUACAAGAAUCUUCCAAAGGCAAUUUGUAUAUCAUUGCCAUUGGUGACUGUAAUUUACGUUUUGGCGAACGUUGCGUACUUCGUGGUGCUUACACAAGAUGAAAUACUUGCAUCGGAUGCUGUCGCCGUUACGUUCGGCGAUAAGUUACUGGGCGUUAUGUCUUGGAUAAUGCCAUUUUUCGUCGCCUGUUCAACCUUCGGGGCGUUGAACGGUGCAAUAUUCGCAUCGUCACGAUUGUUUUUCGUUGGAGCACGCAACGGUCAUUUGCCCGCUGCUAUCGCCCUCAUCAAUGUCCGAAACUUGACGCCGAUGCCAUCUCUCAUCUUUCUUUGCAUUAUCACCCUGGCACUUCUGAUCAUAGAGGAUGUCUACGAGCUAAUCAAUUAUGUCAGCUUCGUUGAAGCUUUAUUCACUACACUCUCCGUAUCUGGGCUCCUCUGGCUUCGUUAUAAAAGCCCGGAUCGUGAACGACCAAUAAGGGUCUCAAUUGUGUUACCAAUUAUAUUUUUCGUAAUCUGUGCUUUCCUGGUUACAUUUCCUUGCUAUGUGUCACCGUGGGCAGUUGGAGUAGGAGUGAUAAUCAUUUUAUCUGGCAUUCCCGUGUACUGGAUCUUUAUUUAUUGGAGAAAGAAGCCCAAAUGGCUUAUAAUGUCGUCUCAUAAUCUCAACAUGGCAUGUGCGAAAUUGUUUAUGUGUGUUCAAGAGGUGAAAAGCGAUUGAUCGUUAAAUGCCUUUUUAAUGUUAUAUAUAUUUAAUAUUAGUAGUGCCUUGUAAGUUGACUGAAAUUUCGCCUUACAAGUUCACACACACAUACACGCACAGAUAAUUUGGGACUUGAAAUUUGGUACUGGCUGCAUGGAAUGACGUAUUUAAAAUGAACAAACGUAUGAUAUCGCGGUACCCAGGUGCCGCCAUUACUCGGUGUUGGUUUUAAGCGUUGUUUCCGUAAAGAUAUAAGAAUAAAAUGUGUGAAAGAGCUAAAAGAGCAAUAUCGCAAUAAAAAGAAAACGGUGCCAUACGGGCCCCUUAUCUGAUCGCGCAUGCGCAUUAACGCAAUAAGUGUAGCGUAUGUUAUGAUACGCAUUGUGUAGGUCACACUAAUAUAUUGUCAUAUUUAGUAUAUAUUUGUAUACAAUUCAGUUUUAAAUUUUGUAAUUUAUCUUAUAUUGAGAAAACGCAACUCCCGGGAAUUGUAAAGCUUUUAUAUUUCCCACAGUAAAGAUUUUCGAAAGAUCGCGCGCGAUACUACCAACGAACGAGUGCGCAUGUGCAAUUAGACAAGGAUAUAAAAUACAAGGAGCCUUUAUGUAAUAUUUUCUUUCUAUUCCAUUUUACACACUAUUAUACAUAUCUUUAUGGAAGAAGCAUACUAUAUGGCAUGCUCACAAAUAUGGUCUCAAUCAAUUAUCAAAACAAUGGUGUAAUUUCAAAUGAAGUAGGCACAACAUUCCCAGUAAACAUGUGCUGUUUUAUAUUGAAUGCAUAUACAUAUACAGUCGCUACCACGAUACAGUGAGGUUAUAAAAUCCUUCAAAAACUCUUUAAGAGCGCUGCAAAAGUCUUACAACACUUUAGAAGAGCUAAUGAGAUAAAAUUUUAUUUAGAACUUUAUGAAGAAAUGCCUUGACUGCUGCUUCUUAAGGGUUUAAAUUAUAACCUUGCCAUGCCCUGAUGACGAUUAUUCAUAACGAAUAAAUCAUGCGUGAUAUUCAUUGAAUAGGUCAAUUAACGGAUUCAUCAGUUACAUGAAAUAACGAAUUAAGGUCGAUUUAUAUCAUCCGUUCAGACACGGGCCGUUUCCGAUCAGUUAGGUUCCGACAAAUAUUGUUCUGUGUUAUCGAAUACGAGUGUUUAUAUAUACCGUGAUGGAUCGGUUCAGACGCGUUCCGUUUCAGACAUAAGACGACCGACAUUCUCGAAAAGAAUAAUUUGACUGAAGCGAUACGUGACUGAAACGAUCGAAAUGCGACCGAACGGACGCUGUCGUAUGAUAUGCAUUUGGUUCAGACAAAAUCUGACGAUAGAACAGACGUGGUGUGAGCAAUAUAUUAUAAUAAUGCAGAACGAAAAGUUAAUAGAGUUAGUGAGGCAUUAUACCUUUUUGUAUAAUCAAAAAGAUAAAAAUUAUAGUGACAAUUAUAAAAAGGAUGUCCAUUAAUUGUCUGAAUAACGUCCAAUAUUCUCCACUAAUCUUUCUUAUUUUUAACAUUUUAUGGGUGCCAAAACGUCGCUUUCUUUUCUUAUUUUCUUCCUCUUCAUCUAAUAGUAAGGUUAUGCAGCACAAAUCUUUUAAAGAUAAAUGCGAAAACAAAAACGAUGUAGUAUUUAUAUCAUCAGUUCAUGUCCGACAACGACAGGCAGCGAACGUUAAUCGCCAUCGUUCGAAAAUGUUUUCGCAUUUAUCUUUAAAAGAUUUGUGCUGCAAAGCCUUACUAUUAGAUGAAGAGGAAGAAAAUAAGAAAAGAAAGCGACGUUUUGGCACCCAUAAAAUGUUAAAAAUAAGAAAGAUUAGUGGAGAAUAUUGGACGUUAUUCAGACAAUUAAUGGACAUCCUUUUUAUAAUUGUCACUAUAAUUUUUAUCUUCUUGAUUAUACAAAAAGGUAUAAUGCCUCACUAACUCUACUAACUUUUCGUUCUGCAUUAUUAUAAUAUAUUGUUCACACCACGUCUGUUCUAUCGUCAGAUUUUGUCUGAACCAAAUGCAUAUCAUACGACAGCGUCCGUUCAGUCACAUUUCGAUUGUUUCAGUCACAUAUCGCUUCAGUCAAAUUAUUCUUUUCGAGAAUGUCGGUCGUCUUAUGUCUGAAACGGAACGCGUCUGAAUCGAGCCAUCACGGUAUAUAUAAACACUCGUAUUCGAUAACACAGAACAAUAUUUGUCGGAACCUAACUGAUCGUAAACGGCCCGUGUCUGAAUGGAUAAUACAAAUCGACCUUUAUACAUAUAUAUUAUAAUAAAUGUGUUAAUUUGGUAAAUGUAUUCACAAGCAAUGAAAAAGGUUUUAUUAAAACAUAUGUCGCAGCGAAUAUAUGCAGUCUUUAAACGAAUACAUUUACUAAUUAUAAAAAUAAUAAGCAGUUUAUAAUUUUUGCUAAAAUCUUACAUAAACGUUAGCUGUAGGAUAUAAUUCAGGAAAUAGAAUAGUAAAUAAUCAUUAUCACUAUCAUAUUAUGGCGCCAUUUUUUGAAUCCACUGAAGGGCGGGAAAAUAUUUAUAUUUACAAUACAUACACAUAUUGACUUUGAAGUGCAUGUAUUUACUAAAUCUUACGCUUUUACAGUGACAUAUACAUCGAUUUACAAGACAUAAUAUGCAUCUAUUUUAAUGGAUUUAUAUCAUGUUCAGUUUUAUUUUAAAAAAUCUUAAUGAACAUCCGUUGUAGUAUAGGAAAAGCAAUUGUGUAAUCAAUAUUAUUUAAUUUUUUUAAAUUUAUAGUUACAGUCCAGUGGAUAGUUAAAUGAGAUUGAUGCGUAUUGAAUACUUUUGUAUAUAUUCAUAAUUUUAAUAUUAAAAAAGAAAACUAGUUCAAGCCAUUACUUAAGAGUUUGCUUCAACUUAGUUUUAGUUAAUUUUAUUAAUAUUUAUAUUAUUUAGUUAUACCAAUGUAACACCGAAGAAUAAUUUGCACUCUUAAUCGGAAUUGUUUAUCGUAUUUUAUAGAUAAAUUGUAAAUGUUGGACCAUAAAACUGCGAGAAGUAUUCAUCUUGCAAACUAAAAAAGUAAAAUUGAUUGACAAUAUAUCAGACCAAUACCAACGCACAACUUGUUUAAAUCAUGAUCAUGUUUUAUUUCAGAAAUUUUGUGUACACAAUUCUUCAAGUAACUUUUGUUGUUUUAUAAGUACUUGUAAGUACUACAUUCAAUACAUGCGCAUAAUAUUGUAAUAUACAUACUAUAACCAUAUGUAUUUAAACUAUUUUUAAUUGUAUAUACAAUACAAGAACUUAUAAAUUAUUUAUCAUGAUUCAUAUUAAUAGGUAAACGCAUUAGCAUUGUUGAUAAAUCAAUAAUAGUAAUGUUUCUGUCAUAUUGUUUUUUAUUAGUUAUAUUUAUAAGAAAAAAAAUGGUCUAAUGAUAUAUUACAAGUGUAUUCAUAUUAAUACAAAAUCUUUUUUGAUACUGUACAAUAUCGUACAAUUUAUCUGAUCAAAUUAUGCAUUUAAAAAUAAAAAUAUCUUAAGAAAUACUGGGUAUCUUAUAGAAAACAAGAAUGUUAUCAAAUAUUUAUAGUUUUAUAGUUAUCUGUACAUGAUCAUAAUUUUCUAGCCUUUUUUAAAUAAAUUUUUCAAAUAAGUACUUUCCAAGAAAUUGCAAUUGAAAAUGUGUUCAAGAAAAUAACGACUGAUAACGUGCCUUAUACCUAUGUUGUGCGAAUAAAAAGAGUUUUCUAAGAAAAUUUUUCAUGAAAACUCACAUUCUGGGAUUAUUAAACGAAUAAGUAUUUUUUAUCAAAUUUGGUACUGUUAGACAGCUCGUUAUUAAUAGUGUCAUAUUCUGGGUAUGAAUAUGUUUGUUCGUUUUGAACAAAAAAAUCCAUAUUUUUAAUAUUAUGUUUAAAUGGUUUUUUCUUCAAUAGUCAGGGAAAAUUCAAUGAUUUUAUAUUAAUAUAGAAACAGUUUGAUAUGUUCGUGGUGUAAUUAUGAUUACGUAUUAUUGUCACUACAUUGUCAGUACGAACUAUUACUGAUAGAUUAUACUAAUACUUUUUUUAUAUCGUAAGUAAUGUUUAGAAUUUGUAAGAUACUGAUCUGCAAAGUUAUAACUUAGUGCAUUUCAUUUAUGAAACUAAAGUUAUAAAAUAAACACGAAGGACAUAGUAUAUUAGUGAGAAAAACAUAAACAAUGAAUAUUACAAUUAUAGGUAUAAUAAACAAUAUAUUAAUACAACAAAUGCUUUUAUUUAAUUGCUAAAAUUUUGUUCUAAAUGAAAUAAAUUACAAAUGAGAUUCUUACUGGGUAUAUCUUAAUGCUUCGAUACAUUUACUUUCAAUAAAUAUGUAUGAAAUAUUGAAUAAAUAUUGCAAUAUACAUGUAAGUAUUUUGAAUAAUUUACAAUAAGUACAGAAUGUAAUACAUAUUGGUAUCAGUAUAUUAAGAUAAUUGUAAUUUUCAAAACAUUAGAAAUUACACUACGUUGUACUAUGCAAAAAAUUGAAAAUAAAACUAAUAAUUAUUCUUA